CCUCCCUCUUGUGCUCUCACUCUCUCUGACCUCAAAUCCAACCAGAACACUUCUUCACUCUGCAGAGAAAUUCUCAGGCUCCUGUUGAGACCUGAACCCCUGAGAUGUCAGGAAAUCUCUUGUGUGGCAGAAUUGGAGACGCGAAAACCGGAGAAUAAGCAGAAAACCCUUAAUCCUUAGAGUAACAAGAAGCAAGCACUUCUAAAUGUAUCAGUAGAUUUUUACCUCUUUAAAAACAGUGGGUUUCUUAAAUGUCUCCUAACAAAAUGGAGUAGCUGCAGUUACUGGGAGGCCAGAGAAUGAUUGUGCAGCUGAGUCCUCCUCCUAACAAAUGCCAAGGAUUUCCUCCCUCGUGGUUCGCCGCUGCUAAAUGAAACAAUUAUCAAGGCAAGAAGGCAGUUUGCUAAUCAAGGGGAAUAAGACUACUGUUUCUUUAAAGUGCCCGAACUGGGAAGGGGGGAAGAAAGGGUCGUGUGUGGUGUCUUUUUAACCUUGCUGAAGGACGCAGCAGUAUUUAUUGACGUAUGCAAAUAGCUGGGGGAGGGUGGUGCUUGGGAAAAAACAGGAACCAGAAUCAGUUUCUCAUUGCAGGGUGAACGCUCUGAGUUCCGGUGAAGGGAAAAGAGACGUGGCGAAAUUGCUGUCUUUCUGUCUUAUAAGCACAUCUCUCACUAAUACAGAAAAGGAACCUAGGCAUCAGAAAGGCUGCGCAAACCAUGCAGGAUGAUUUACUGAUGGACAAAAGCAAAACCCAGCCCCAGCCCCAGCAGCAGCGGCAGCAGCAGCAGCAGCAGCAACAGCAGCAGCAGCAGCAGCAGCCCCAGCCCGAGCCCAGCACAGCCGAAGCCCCGUCCACGCCCCUGUCCUCAGAGACCCCCAAGCCGGAGGACAGCAGCGCAGUGCCGGCCCUCAGCCCCGCCGCGGCCCCGCCGGCCCCCAACGGCCCCGACAAGAUGCAGAUGGAAUCGCCGCUCCUGCCGGGCUUGGGUUUCCACCAGCCCCCUCAGCAGCCGCCGCCACCGCAGGAGCCCGCGGCACCGGGAGCGUCGCUGUCACCGUCCUUCGGCAGCACCUGGUCAACGGGCACCACGAAUGCGGUAGAGGACAGCUUCUUCCAGGGGAUCACCCCAGUCAACGGGACCAUGCUCUUCCAGAACUUCCCGCACCAUGUCAACCCAGUCUUCGGAGGCACGUUCUCCCCGCAGAUCGGCCUGGCGCAGACCCAGCACCACCAGCAGCCGCCGCCGCCUGCGCCGCAGCCCGCGCAGCCCGCGCAGCCCCCACAGGCCCAGCCCCCGCAGCAGCGCCGGUCGCCGGCCAGCCCUAGCCAGGCGCCCUACGCGCAGAGGGGCGCUGCCGCGGCGUAUGGUCACCAGCCCAUCAUGACUAGCAAGCCGUCCUCGUCCUCCGCUGCAGCGGCCGCCGCGGCCGCCGCCGCCGCUUCGUCCGCGUCGUCCAGCUGGAACACGCACCAGAGCGUGAACGCCGCCUGGAGUGCGCCAUCCAACCCAUGGGGCGGCCUGCAGGCGGGCCGGGACCCUCGCCGGGCGGUCGGCGUGGGCGUGGGCGUGGGUGUGGGGGUGCCUUCACCGCUCAACCCCAUCUCUCCGCUCAAAAAGCCCUUCUCCAGCAAUGUGAUCGCGCCGCCCAAGUUCCCCCGCGCGGCCCCGCUCACCUCCAAGUCCUGGAUGGAGGAUAACGCUUUCCGGACUGAUAAUGGUAACAAUCUGUUGCCAUUUCAGGUUCUCCACGAUAGCAUUUCUCUACAAGGGGUUCAUGGAAUGUGGAAACAGGACCGGAGUAGGCCCUAUGACACUUUUAACUUGCACUCGUUGGAGAACUCCUUAAUGGAUAUGAUAAGGACUGAUCAUGAGCCUCUGAAAGGUAAACACUACCCUCCCAGUGGCCCACCAAUGAGUUUCGCUGAUAUAAUGUGGAGGAAUCAUUUUGCAGGACGCAUGGGAAUAAAUUUCCAUCAUCCAGGAACAGAUAAUAUUAUGGCACUUAACAAUACCCAUGGUUUUCUUCUGUGUUUACAUGCAGCCAGGAGCUAUGGGCGGAGACGAGGUCGAUCUUCUCUCUUUCCCUUUGAAGAUGCCUUCCUGGAUGACAGUCACGGCGAUCAGUCCUUGUCAUCAGGCUUAAGUUCUCCCACCCGCUGUCAAAAUGGGGAGCGAGUAGAGCGCUACUCCAGAAAGGUGUUUGUUGGAGGCCUUCCUCCUGAUAUCGAUGAAGAUGAGAUCACUGCCAGCUUUCGCAGGUUUGGACCGCUCGUCGUAGAUUGGCCUCACAAAGCUGAAAGCAAGUCGUAUUUUCCUCCUAAAGGCUAUGCCUUUCUGCUGUUCCAGGAGGAGAGCUCAGUACAAGCUUUGAUAGAUGCCUGCCUGGAAGAAGAUGGGAAACUGUACCUGUGCGUGUCGAGCCCCACCAUCAAGGAUAAACCGGUGCAAAUUCGACCAUGGAACCUAAGUGACAGUGACUUUGUAAUGGAUGGUUCUCAGCCUUUGGACCCCAGAAAAACUAUCUUUGUUGGGGGAGUUCCACGACCCCUUCGAGCUGUUGAACUGGCAAUGAUCAUGGACCGUUUGUAUGGUGGUGUCUGCUAUGCUGGCAUUGAUACGGAUCCAGAGCUGAAGUACCCCAAAGGUGCUGGCCGCGUGGCGUUCUCCAAUCAGCAGAGUUACAUUGCAGCCAUCAGCGCUCGCUUUGUGCAGCUCCAACACAAUGACAUUGACAAACGGGUGGAAGUGAAGCCAUAUGUGCUGGAUGAUCAGAUGUGUGAUGAGUGCCAGGGCACACGCUGUGGUGGGAAGUUUGCCCCGUUCUUCUGUGCCAACGUCACCUGUCUGCAGUAUUACUGCGAAUAUUGCUGGGCGAGCAUACAUUCCCGCGCCGGGCGGGAGUUCCACAAACCGCUGGUCAAGGAGGGAGGCGACCGCCCUCGUCACGUCCCGUUCCGCUGGAGCUGAGCCCAGAGCAGACCCAGCCACAAGUACUGGAGUAGAUAACAAGGAGGGAAAAGAGAGGGCACUGCCUCAGGGCUUACAGUGUUCUGGAAAUCUGUGCAUUCGUUCUCGAUUUUUAAAGAAGAAAUGGGUCUUUUUAUUAUUAUUAUUAUUAUUUACAGUCAUAUUACUGAACUCAGUGUCCAGUAUAAUGCAGAAUUGCAGAGUGUAUAACGGUACUGAUUUGCACUUUGAUUCACACCUUUGUCUGCUUGGUACCUUAAUUUCUUACACCUGAUUUGUCACUCGUAGACUGCCAUUCUCAUCAGCGGCCAUCAGGUUGAUGUCUGUGAUUUUUUUUGUUUGUUGUUGUUGUGUUGUUGUUGUUCUGAUUGUUUUUGAACUGGAGCAUGCACUUAUUUUCAGAAACUUAGAGAAUUGCCCCUAGGAGAAGACUUACCAAAGGUAAUACUUGUGAGUAGGUGGCAGAUGUAGCAAAAACUUCGCAACAAUUCAGCAAUCAAUAGUUGGGGUCAUUUAGAAUAAGGAUAACCCUUAAUGAAAAUAAGCCUUUAGUUGCUCUCUAUUUUGACAUGUAAGGAUACCUCAUAAGCUGAAUCUUUAUUUUUCCUUCAUGUUUGAUUUUUGUUUUGCUGACAAUUUUGGUUAGAUCUUUUAGUGUUAUGUAAAUUUAUGCUGCAAUAGCUUUUGCUGCUAUUAAGAUGGUAUUAUUAAUACCAUAAUACUCUAUUCAGGCUAAGGUAUCAAUUACAAAAAAACCCAACAACACACUUUUGUGAUUUAGGGAUAGAAUCAGCUGCCGAAAGAAGAUCAGAAUAGACUUGAGAAAGCUUCAACGGAAGGUCACUAUUUCUGACUGCAUGUUUACUUAAUCAGGUUGCUGCAUGCAAUAAAUUUUAUAUCCAAUGUCUAGUAUAAAACCUUCCCACACUGCACAAAUUAAGAAUCUAUAUAAGCUAUAAAAUACUGAUUUUUUUAAAAAGAUUUUUUUCAUUCAAAGAAUUGGUAAUUGACUGGAGGAAGGCAUGCCUCAAUAAAUGGAAUGCUUCUGAAAUUAAGAAGAGCCCAUAACAGAAUGACCUAUAUUACAACCAAUAUAAAACCUAGGUGUAGGAUAUUCUUAAAGCAAAUUUGUGGAUGGUAGAUGAAGUACUUUGCGGUGCUCUGUUAUAUAUUGUGCAAUUUAUUUUAUAUAGUAAAGUGAUUAUGUCUAACUGUGAUCAAACUUAACUGUUUAAAGCCUCUGUGUCAGACAUUAACGAACUUGACAGUUCAUAACUGGUAUAUUAUUAACUAACACAUGAGCUCUUAGUUACAAUCUCCUAGUGCUUGCACCAUUUUACAUAGCUUCAGACCUUGUCCAGAAAACCAAAGAGCUCAUCUUAGCUUACAAACACUAGGAAUAUAUACAGUAUAUAGAGAUAAGUUGUCAGUUGACAAACUAGGCACAUUUUAAGAAAGUUGUGUGAUUGUGAUGCUAAAGAAAUGUCUGUACAAAAUAAGAUGGCCUGGGCAGGGUUGGUUGUCUGGGUGAGAAAUUAACUACUUAAUUCCCUGGAUUUAUCCUGUAAAGCUUGAAUAGAAUUAAGACCUGCUAGUACUACCAUGGACAUUUUUUUAGCAUUCACUCUUGGGCUGCAGAUAGUAAUAUAUAAACACACACAAUGAUUAUGAGACUAUGUAAAUCUUUUUUUAAAUCUUCUUCCUAUGUUUUGGAAUUCUGGGGACAAUCUGACUGGAUAUGACACUGCAGAAUAGACUUAAGUCGCUGUGUUUUAUGUGCUGUGAUGUCCUUGUACUGUCUUAAGUUAAUAUCGCUUGAUUUUGUUUUGGUUCUCCAGUGUUUAGUUGCAAUUACCAGCUCUCAACCUCUAGUUUGUUUUCAAAAAGGAAAAAAACAAAAUAGUUUUUUACUGGAUUAAAAAUGCUUAUUAGAAUCCUCCCCCUUUGAGGUUAUCUCUGGGCUUUUUAGUAAUAAUUGCUUUUUUCCAGCCCAGCUGUGGUUUUCUGUUUGUUUUUUUUUUUUCUAUGUUUGUGGUUUUUUUCAUCUGUACAAGAAAUUUUGUUAUGCACUACUACUUUUUGUAUUCUAGACAGUUUUCAAAAGUUGGCUGAAGAUUUUUUUGUUUGUUUGUUUUUAAGGAAAAAGGCAUGCUUUCUGACUGACAUGAUCUUUUGCAAUACCUCAAUUUUGAAAUAUAGGAAAGAAAAUGAUAUUUUCUAAGUAAGUUUAUUCAGAAAAAUAUAUAUUAAUUUAAUUCUGCAAGAAAAAUGAUUUAACAGAUGGGUAACUUUAUUUUUUUCAUGCUUAUUUGUGUUUUUUGAAAAUGAAGAAGUUAGAGCUUUAUAACUAUAAUAUUAAAGAUCAUAUCUAACCUACAGAAAUCUACCUAAUUAUGUGAAAGAAGCAAAACUUUUUGAAGAAGCACCCCUCUUUCAUGUACUAAAAUAAUACUGAGAUUAAAAAAAAAAAGCUGGAAGAUUGUACAGCAUAAAGCUGAAGUAAAGGCGAAAAACAUUGUUAUGAAGAAUAGGUUACAAAAAAUAAACUCCAUUUGGUGCUGAAAGUUGUGAAUAGGUGGUGGAAACUACUUUCCCUUAAUUUGUAUAUUUAUAAUCAAGCGUUGAUUGUGCACGACUGACCAGGAUUGUGAAAGAGUUCUUCUGUUUGUAUUUUUUUAAAGAGAACUUUUUUAGUUUAUUAAAUUAUAACAUGUUCCCUUUUGUUUUGUAAAUAAAUGUGCCCCCAAGUUGUUAAUGUUAUAUUAAAAGAGAGGGUCCUUCAAAAAAAAAUUAUUUUUUAAAACACAGAGGUGUUCUGACCUGCAACUUGAUGGGAAGCCCCCGGGUAUCACAGGUCCUGUUGUGGCCUUUCCUUGAUGUGACACUUGAACUAGUCGAUUUUUUGAAGGCUAUAACCUAACCUCGACUAUUUGUUGUUAUGUGCAAUACUGUUUGUACUGUUUGUAUAAAAAAUAGAAAAAAAAGAAAAGAAAAAAGGCAUAAAUCUUUAUUGCAGAUUUAUUUUCAUUGCAAACUUUAGACAUUGUGAUUCACUGAAAUCAUUUUUCUACUGUCAAAUAUGUACCUUUUCUUCAUGCUGGUAUUUUUUCAAUAGUAAUGUAGCCUUUGUACUGAGACAAAUUUUCAUUGUUAUUUUUAGAAAGAUUUUUUGCUAAGAAAAAAAUUAAACAUAUUUACAUAUUUUUCAUUUUAUUUCGUAUUUUCUUUAAGGAGUGCUUUCUCAAUCAUUAAUAGAGUUGUUUCUGGGAGGGACUUUCAUAUCUGGUCAAUGUCAUAAUAUUAUUUUGUAUUUUUACUUGGAAUAAAUUAAUUUUAUGAUGCUAAUUCUUUAAAAGUUUAUUUUUUUCAUUUUCAGUUAUUUUUGAAGCUAAAAACCUUUGUA